CCCCCACCCACUCCCCUACCCUUUUACCACUGCCACCUUACACACAGGUCUCAUCCCCUUCCGCCCUUCUUUCUUUUCCAGAUCAUCUUCGAUCUUCAACUACCAAAGUAGUCCUUCUAUCGUCUGCACUCCCCCUUUGACAGAGCUUACUUGUCCUGGUGAUACCCCGCGCGCAUCAAGCCAGCAGCAGCCUCAUCCCAGCCACUCCAACCAACACUUCAACACUUCAACACAAUGAGAGAGCUCGUAUCUAUCGCCGUCGGUCAGGCCGGUAACCAGGUGUCGGGUGCCUUCUGGGAGGGACUCUUGGCCGAGCAUGGAAUGGACAACAGUGGUCAAUACGUUGGUAACAACCCCAACCAGAUUGAGAGAGCCAACAUCUUCUUCGAGGAGAGUGCCGUAGAGGGAAAGUGGGUGCCAAGGAGUAUUCAGGUCGAUUUGGAGCCUGGAACAAUGGACGCUUUCCGUAACGGCAAGCACGCCCACCUCUUCCGCCCGGACAACUUCGUGUCUGGUGAGAACGGUGCCGGAAACAACUUCGCCAAGGGAUACUACACCGAAGGUGCCGAGCUCAUCGACUCUGUCCUCGAGGUCGCCCGAAAGGAGGCCGAGAAGGCCGAGAUGCUCCAGGGUUUCUCCCUCACCCACUCCCUGGGUGGUGGUACAGGAUCCGGUCUCGGUACCAACCUGCUGUCCAAGCUGCGUGAGGAGUUCCCCGACCGAAUGCUCACCACCUGGAGUGUGCUCCCCUCGCCCAAGGUGUCGGACACCGUCGUUGAGCCUUACAACGCUACCCUCGCCUUCCACCAGCUGAUGGAGCACGCCGACCUGUCCUUCUGUCUGGACAACGAGGCCCUCUACGCCAUCUGCCAGAGGACCCUUCGCAAGAAGGACCCCAAUUACGAGGACCUGAAUGCCAUCAUCGCCUCGGCUAUGAGCGGAUGCACCACUACCCUCCGAUUCCCAGGUCAGCUCAACUCGGACCUGAGGAAGCUGGGUGUGAACAUGGUUCCCUUCCCCCGUCUGCACUUCUUCACAUGUUCCUUUGCUCCCCUCACCGCUCCCGGAUCGAGGGCGUACCAGCAGUUGAGCAUCCCGGAGCUCACCAUGCAAGGAUUCGACCCCAAGAACAUCAUGGCAGCUGUCGACCCCCGCAUGGGCAAGUACCUCACCGUUGCCGCCAUCUUCCGUGGUCAAAUCGGAGGACGGGCCGUAGAGGACGCCAUGAGGGAUAUCCAGACCAAGCAGUCGAACCUGUUCGUGGAGUGGAUUCCCAACAACAUCCAGCACUCGCUGUGUGACAUUGCUCCCCCCGGACUGCGCAUGUCGGCCACGUUCAUCUCGAACAGCACCAGCAUCCAGGCCCUGUUCAAGCGAACCGCCGAGCAGUUCUCGCUCAUGUUCAGGAGAAAGGCUUUCCUGCAUUGGUACACUGGCGAGGGAAUGGACGAGAUGGAGUUCACUGAGGCAGAGAGCAACAUGCAAGAUCUCAUCCAGGAGUACCAGCAGUACGAGUCGACCAGCGUCGAGGACGAGGAGGCUCUGUACGAGGGUGAUGCUACCUACGAGGAGGGUGGUGAGGAGGCAGAGUAAAAGACCCGCACCUAAUCAGUGGUCCCCUCUCCUUCUAACUGUCACGGGCUUCUUUCAACACCCCCUUGUCUGUUUUCCCUCUCCCCCUGUUAUGCCUCCGCCCACCUUUUCGACAAUGUGUUCCCCUUUCUUCUUCCUUCUCCCCGCUACCUCUUUCGCUCUUUCGCGUUCUCCUUAUGAAAGAAAAAAAGAAUAGAAAACAAGUACGUCGCUGCUGGUCCGGAGUCUAUGCACGCGAGUGUCUUCUCC